GUUUUCCAAUCCGACACUGAAGUGUAGGUGCUUAGGUGCCGACAAUUACAAUUGUAAUUUAUUAAUCAAAUAUCAAUGAAACUUGUCAAUUAAAAACUUUCCCAAUUUAAGAAUAAAUUCACUAAAACAUAUUUAUCAUGGUUAGGCACAAAAAAGUGGUUACAGUGCAGCACAAACACGGCAACAACGAAACUAGUAGCAGCUCCAGUGCGAGUGAAACUUCUAAUUCGAGUAAUUUUAAAAUCCUCUCGUUUUGGAAGUCCAUUGUGGGGUUUAUUUGCUUCACUAUAGCGGUCUACGUUGGCUCCUUAGGAUACCUGGAGACUAGGGUCAACACGCCUUUCGCUGACGAAAAAGUGGUACAAGAGUCCGGGUUGGCCAUCCCGGAGAGGUACUGGGGCUCGUACCGGCCGGGCGUGUACAUGGGCAUGAAGAGCAGGGAGCCCCGCUCGCCUGUGUUUGGGCUCAUGUGGUACGACUUGACUGCCACUACGCGGAAGGGUAUUAGACACUGGUGCGACCAAGCGGACAAUCUGCCGACGUACGGCUGGCUCCGGCACGACGGAGUCACCUUCGGGGAGCAGCGGAUACUGGAUCCGCCACACAACAUGACCACCUCGUUCGUCACCACGCCGGGGGGCGAGCAUGGGGGGCACUGGACUGUGCGCGUCAGUGUUAACGCUGAUAACAAUGCCAAUAUCCCAAUAGCGUUGGUGUGGUAUGGAGCCCUGGACGAGUCCCUCGGACCCACAACCCCCCCCUCUCGGCUGUGGGUCGAGAACGGGGAGUUGUUGGGUCACACGCCACAGUUGCGUAACUUUAAAGUGCGCCUUUUGGCUCACAAAGGUAAAGUAAUUCACAAGUCGUAUUCAGAAGCGCACGCACCAGGGCUGCAUGUGCUCAAAGAGAAGUAUUUCUCCCUAUUGAAGCCCGACGGGCGGCUGACAGCGCUAGGGCCGGACCCUGACUUAGAUCAGAAGGGCAUAGAAGUGAACUUCGUCCCUAUUCAGCUGCUAGUCGAGACGCCAUUCGACCUGGACAUAGUGUACAGCACCGAGGACCUGCCCACCCCGCCGCUCAAAGGGGACGAGUAUACCAGGACAUUAGAAAGCAAGAAGAAGUCGUUUGAUGAUGAAUUCGAGGUGAAAUUCAGAUUGGCCGAAAAAGGGUAUACAGAAAGCGAGGUAGGUAUAGCCCGCGCGGCCAUGUCGAACAUGAUCGGCGGUAUCGGCUACUUCUACGGCGCUGGUCGCGUUCGCUCCUCACAUACCAGGGAACCAGUGCCUUACUGGAGGGCGCCGCUGUACACCGCCGUGCCUAGCAGGUCGUUUUUCCCCCGAGGGUUCCUCUGGGAUGAGGGUUUUCAUGGACUGUUGAUCGGGAGGUGGGACCCUGAGAUUCAGUUGGACAUCGCAGCUCAUUGGUUGGACCUCAUUAAUGUGGAGGGAUGGAUACCUAGAGAACAGAUUUUGGGAGUGGAGGCGUUAGCAAGAGUCCCGAAAGAAUUCGUGGUGCAAAACAACGCGGCGGCCAACCCGCCGAUGUUAUUGCUGCAAUUGGCUCACCUCGUGAGGACUCGGCCGCGUCUGUUCGACCCUGAAACACAUUACAGACAGACACUGGACAGGAUGUUCACUAGAUUACAAGCGUGGUACCAAUGGUUCCAAACGACGCAAAAAGGUGAGGAACCAACCAGCUAUCGCUGGAGAGGAAGAGAGGACACUGGCGACCAGCUGAACCCUAAAACUUUGACGUCGGGCCUCGACGAUUACCCAAGGGCCUCCCACCCUUCAGAGAUAGAGCGACACGUGGACCUCCGCUGUUGGAUGUACUCCGUCGCUGACAGCAUGGCCGUCAUCGCUGAUGUGCUGCAGAGGGACUCCAGCAAAUUCGAGGCCAUCCGCGACCAAUUGGGAGACGAGGAACUCCUAAACGAGCUCCACUGGUCGCCGCACACGCAAACCUACGCUGAUUAUGGUCUCCACACGGACGGAGUGCGUCUUGUACGAAAACAGCCGAAGAAUCCACGCGAUCAACCGACAGUUGUGCGCAGCGUGAGCGUGCCGCCGGAACCUAGACUCGUCACCAGCGCUUUUGGAUACGUGUCUCUGUUCCCGCUGCUGCUCAAGGUGCUGGCGCCGUCGAGCGCCAAGCUCGGCAGCAUGUUGGCGAGCCUGGACAAGCCGGACUUGCUGUGGUCGCCGUACGGGCUGCGAUCGCUAUCGAAAUCGUCACCUCUGUUCAUGAAACGCAACACAGAACACGACCCGCCGUACUGGCGCGGGCAGGUGUGGGUCAACAUCAACUAUCUCGCUCUGUCAGCGCUGAAACACUACGCGGCCGUGCCCGGGCCGCAUCGCGAGCGAGCGGGACAGCUGCACAAGCGAUUGAGCGCUAAUGUUGUCCGUAAUAUUCUAUCUGAAUACCGUCGCACGGGGUACCUAUGGGAACAAUAUUCUUCAUCAGACGGCCGAGGAUCAGGAUGUAGACCUUUCACGGGAUGGACAGCAUUGGUCACCCUCAUUAUGGCCGAAGAGUAUUAGAGACUUUUAUGUUGCCCUGGUAACUUGGGACGUUGGAGUGAAGAAAAGUGCUUAAAAAGUGACGGAAAGAAAACUAUAUUUAUAUAGCAUACACCAAGCAAAUUCAAAUUCAAAAUUCUCUAUUAGGACGAUAUACAUCACUUAUUGACGUCAAAAAAAAUUAUUUAAACUAAGUCUACUGCCGGCUUCCAAAGCGCAGGCGAAGAAGAAGCGGCGCAACAAACUUCACCGCGGCCUUUUCUCCGUAGACGUCAAUUAACAAAUAUAGGUCUUACACAUAUAAAACUAUAAAUAUAAAGCUUUACGUACACCAAAUUAUAUUAAUUUAAUCUACAUAAUUAAAUUCAAGAAAAGCUGAUUCUGUUAAAGUGGAAAAAAAACAAUUGAAUUCCUACAUUAACUGCAGAAAUAAAUAAGCAAACUUACCCUUACCCUAUACGGUAAAACA